AUGCCUAAAAAAUAUCUUGGAGGAUCAGGCGAGCGCAUCACCAUGUGGAUAUCCGUCGCUGCCUCCACAGUGCUCAUGUUUUAUGGCUAUGACCAAGGCGUUUUCGGCAACGUCAUCAUCGGACAAGAUUUUCUGAUCACAAUGGGCCAUCCAUCUGCGAAUAUGCAAGGGACUAUGACAUCAGUCUACAACUUGGGCUGUUUUGCUGGUGCUAUGUCUACUGUCUGGACUGGAGAUAUCUUCGGGCGUCCCCGCCAGAUCCUGAUUGGCAGCACCAUAAUCGCAAUUGGCGCCAGUAUCCAAGCUGCUUCGUACGGUGUCACACAGAUGAUGGUCGGGCGUGUUGUUGCUGGACUGGGAACGGGAAUGAAUACGUCUACAGCGGGCAUUUGGCAGGCAGAGACAAGUAAGAUGAAGAGCAGAGGGAAGCUGGUUAUUAUUCAGAUGGCGAACUGCAUCGCCGGGUUCUCUAUCUCCAACUGGUUAACGCUAGGCUUCUCAUUCGCUCCGGGAAGUGUAGCUUGGAGGUUCCCAUUGGCAUUUCAAAUACUUUUCACAUUAUGCAUCUACGCACUAUGCCCAUUCCUACCGGAUUCUCCUCGACUACUUAUUCGGAAGGGGAAAGACAAGGAAGCCCUUGAAGUAAUAGCCGUGCUGGAAGGAAAUAAUUCCACUCCCAAGUCGCCUUCUGUGAAAACCCAGUUCAAUGUCAUCAAAGACAUAUUGGAUCGGGAAAAUAUGAAUUCAUAUACGUGGAUUCAGCUUUUGUCGGGAAAAGGGCCCGCGGGUGUCCUCCGUCGAAUGGUUCUGGGUGCCUGGAUGCAAGCCAUGAAUCAAAUCUCUGGAAUAAACGUCACGUCCUACUACAUGUCCUACAUCUUUAUAAACGCAUUGAACAUUAGCGAGCUACUUUCCCGUAUUCUCGCUGCGGCCGGCAGUAUUGAUUACCUUUUCUUCUCCUGCCUCGCCUACUUCGUGAUAGAGCGAUACGGGCGGCGAAAAGUAAUGAUGUCAUCUGCACUCGCGUGCUCUACAUGCUGGGUCGUGAUAACAAUCGCAAUGUCAAUUUCUGAUAAGGGCAUGGGAGACGAGUAUAAAUUGGGGAUCGUGGCUGUCUCAUCCUUCUUUGCGUUCUUCGCGAGUUUCGGGAUGGGGGUGUUGGGUGUGCCGUGGCUAUAUCCAACAGAAAUUAACGCGCUUGGAAUGAGGACUAAGGGUGCAUCUUUAGCCAUGGCGACGAAUUGGAUUAUGAACUACAUGGUCGUACAAGUGACUCCACCCGGUAUUGUAAACCUGGGCUGGAAAUUCUGGAUCAUCUGGGCAGUUAUUUGUUUCUCGUUUAUUCCCAUCACGUACUUUUUCUACCUGGAGACGGCAAAUCGGACACUGGAGGAUAUUGAUCGGUUUUUCUCCGAGAAGCCGGGUAUUAUAGUUGUUCGAAAUAAGACCGCGACCCAACUCCAUAGACCGGAGGAAUAUAUAUUCAUGGACGAAGAAAUGGCGAAGCGGGAGCAAUGCGUUUUGCCUGUCGGGAGUGAAGGGCAUAUCUAG